UCACGCAGUAAAUAAUAGAAUUUGAGUGGAUUUGCAUUUGCUGUCAGACAAAUGGAUAUUUUUCAAACCUAUGAACAAAGAGUCGGACAGGCGAGAUUCAUUCAGAAAUUAGUUCAUGAAGAAGGUGAUUUAUCAUCCCCUAUAGAUUUAAAUAUUAGUAAUAUGACCGUAGCUGAGCUAAAUCCGCUUUUAUGGUGCAAUUACGAUAUUCCACCAAAGAAACUUAAGCUUACGAAUACAGGGCAUACAGUUAUUUUGAGCGCCAAAUGGCAACAGGAAAGAGCUUACUUGACCGACGGCCCAUUUUUGAGUAAAUUUGUAUUUUCCCAAAUUCACUUUCAUUGGGGAAUCAACGAUAUGGAAGGAAGUGAACAUCGAUUUGACGGAGCAAGUUCACCAAUGGAAUUGCACGCAGUUCAUUUUAAAAGUGAAUAUCGCUCGCAAGAAUUAGCUGUAAGUGAAACUGAUGGUGUCGCAGUUUUAGUUUAUGCUUUUAAGUUGCAAACGGACCCAAAUCCUGAAUUAGACGACAUCGUAGGAAAUAUUCCAUUUAUUAAAAAUCCGAAUUCUUCGAUUCGCCUGAAUCCAUGGCUCAUAACAAAAAUUCUGAGACCAUUUACGAGAGAUUAUUUUGUGUAUUGGGGCUCUGUUCCUCUCUUGAAUCGAACUCAUACUGUUUUAUGGCUUAUUAGUAGAGAACCAAUUGGAAUAUCUCCGCAACAAGUUGCAGAAUUUCGUACUCUAUACGACCAAAAAUACAAACCCCUCUCAAAAAAUUGUCGUAGUUUGCAAGAAUUACAAAAAAGACAUGUGUUUCAUGCUAACCCAUCUGGAUCUUUAUACGCAACUCUGUUACCAAUUCCUCGAGAACCACCGAAUUUGAUGACUGGUCGAGCUGCUACUGUCGAAGAAUAUUUAGCAAACAGAUAGCUUUUUUCAAAAUAAAUUUAGUGAUGAGAAUUUCUUUUUAUUUCAACUAGAAAACA